AUGACUCUCGGCGUCCAGACCACCCCGGCCCGAAUGUUCCUCCACAGCCAAUCAGGGCCUGGCAAGGCAGCAAAUCGCCAAGCCCCACUAUGCCGGUUUUCGACUCAGCCUCAGGUGUUCGGCGCCCGCGGGACCCGAGAUAUCAAAACCAUCAAAACCCUCCCUCCACAGUUCCAGAUUGGGUGUGUGUGA